UUCAUCUUCAUUCACAUCAUCAUGUUGUGCUGGGGAGACAGUUCGAGUGGACAGUUUGGUCUAAACUUUGAGAAUGUGUCUGUUCCUAUAGCAGGGAAUAUAUUAUCUGAUAAAGUCACAGAAAUUGCUUGCGGGGAGCAACACACUUUAUUUCUCACGGUAGAUGGCAGGAUCCUAUCAUGCGGGCGCAACUCAAAGGGACAACUUGGCAGACAGAAGAACAGAGAUUCAAAACUACCAGCGCCAGUGGAGGGUCUGGCGAGAGUGGUCUCUGUGGCUUGUGGUCAGGACCACUGUGUAGCUGUGUGUGCAUCAGGACAGGUGUACUCCUGGGGGGCAGGGGGGGAGGGACAGCUGGGCAUCGCCCCUACUACUGUCUCCAAAGUCCCCAGACCAAGACCAGUUCCAAUACCUUCGCCCUUGCCAAUAACAGUGAUACAGGUUGCUUGUGGAAAUUCCCAUUCUUUGGCCCUGACUAAAGGGGGACAGGUGUUCUCAUGGGGUCUGAACAGCCAUGGACAGCUGGGCCUGGGGAAGGAGGUGCCUCUGCAGCCCAUACCUGCCCUGGUGCGCUCCCUCACUGGGGUCCCAGUGACCCAGGUAGCAGCCGGAGGAACCCACACUCUGGCCCUCACCCUCCCAGGCCUGGUCUACUGCUGUGGGGCAAACGGGGCUGGGCAGCUGGGACUCAACCGUGUGGAUGAGAAAGGCCGGUACAACAUCUGUGCAGUGCCUGAACUCAGAGUCUUGGGGGUUUCCUUCAUCAGCUGUGGAGAGGCACAUACUGCUGUUCUCACCAAGGAUGGACAGGUGUUCACCUUUGGAGAGGGAAGCCGAGGCCAGCUUGGGCACGACGCAUCAGCUAACGAACUCAUACCCAAACUGGUGGAGGGCCUGGAUGGACUGGUCUCACAGAUAGCAUGUGGCAGCCAUCACACCCUGGUGCUGGGGUCCUCAGGUCAACUCUGGGCCUUUGGCAGUGGGGUCAAAGGUCAGCUAGGGACUGGCAACACAGAGGGCAGCUUGCGACCCACCUCAGUGCUGCUGAAAAGGGCUUCUGGUGGGGCAGCGACAGUCAUACACAACGACAUGAAGAUAUCAGUGGGAUGGAAUUCAAACUUCAUUUACACUGCUGAGAGUUCUGAAAGAGAACAGCCAAUCGGGAGGUUAGAUGAAGCCAAGCUGAAAAAAUGGCUGACGAUGGAGCAAGGAAAUGCAGAGGCGCAAAGAGAAAUAUCCUUGAUGUUCUCAACAAGUUCAAGUCUUGUGGCCAGUUUCACCAAAGUCAAUGAGUCUCCAUCAACUAAAGCUGCAGGAGCUUUGACAGUGGACCUAGAGGCUGCUAGCCAGGCUUUUGAUCAGCUCUUCAACAUACCAUGGAUCAGGAAAUCAGCUAAGAUUAACUCACUCUUCAAAGACUUAUACAAAUAUCAACAAUCUAUUAAAUAUCAAUAUUUAGUAAAUAUAUUGCCACUGGUGGACACUCUUCGCGUUUCAGCAGCUGUCAUCAAAUCACCAGAGAUCUUUAUGAUACUACCCACAAUCCCUCUUCUCCACGAUGACCAGAACGUCAUGAACAUGGUUAUAGCUUUAGCAAUAGUUAUCGUUGAGGAUCUGAGUGAGACAGCCAUGAAAACUUUAAAAGAGUGGUGGUCCUCGAUGGAGACAAACAUCAUGACUAAGCACAUUCUGAUGUGGAAGAAUGCCUUGUCAUUCAUGCUGAGGAACGGUCUUCUGGUUACCCACAACCCCGGAGUCAAAUUCCUGCUGGAAACCCUCAAGUACCUCAACAGAGCAAACAAAAGGGUCAGAAGAACCCAGAAAGUUCCAGCCAGUACCUUUUAUGUGGAAGAGAUCAUUGAUAGGGUCCUUCCUAUGGAGGAUGUGAAGCUUUGGCGUUUUUGGUCAAAAAGGGAGGACACGCAGUCAACACCUGUCAUCUUUUGCCGUUACCCAUUUGUGUUGAAUCUGAUCUGCAAGAUGGCAAUUUUCAACAAUAACGCACAUUUUACAAAGGAGGUUCACAAACUCACCCACCUGCUGACAGUGAUGUGUCCUUCUGGAACGUCCCGAGACAACCCAAACUCAACCCCUGCUCCAGUCUUCCAGCUAAACCUAAGGCGCCUAUCACUCAUCGAAGACACCUUCAGACAACUGGGUGCUGCAGAUCACGAUUACUUCCAGAGAGAACUUGUGGUGCAGUUUGUGGAGGACAUGAAGCUGUCGCUCGUCAACAUAAGGGACUUCUUCCUCCAUGUGUUUGAUGAGCUGUUGGCACCAGAGUCUGAGAUGUUCAUGUACAACGACACCAAGACACUGGUCUGGUUCCCUGCCAAGCCCAGAGUGGAGGAGAAGAGCUACUUCCUGUUUGGUGUCUUGUGUGGCAUGGCCCUGUACAACCACAACAUUGUACACCUGCCCUUCCCUUUGGCCCUGUUCAAGAAGAUGGUGGGGGUCAAGCCCUCACUGGAGGACCUGAGAGAGUUUGAUCCUGUUUUAGGAAAGAGUUUGCGGUACCUCUUGGAGGACUACACUGACGAUGAUGUUGAAGAAAACCUGGACAUGACCUUCACCGUGAUCUGGGAUGACUUGAAGGUGGAGCUUGAUCCCAAAGAAACAGGAAAACCAGUCACAAGUUCUAACAAGAAGCAGUUUGUUGAUGCCUACGUGAACCUCGCCUUCAACCAAUCAGCGGAGAAGGUGUUUGAAGAGUUCAGGAGAGGCUUCUUCAAGGUGUGUGACAGAGACGUGGUGGAGUUCUUCCAGCCUGAGGAGCUCAGGGGAGUCAUGGUGGGGAAAGAGGACUACGACUGGGACACGCUCAAACAGAACACUGUGUAUGAUGGAGAGUACCAUGCCAGACAUCCCAACAUCGUCACAUUCUGGGAGGCUUUUGAGGAACUGACAGAUGACCAAAAGAAAGCUUUCCUCCUGUUCCUGACGGGCUGUGAUCGCGCUCCCAUCCUGGGCAUGGACAACAUCCAGAUGAAGAUAGCAGUCCUGCAGAACUCUACUGAACUACAUUUCCCAGAAUCCCUUACCUGCCACUUCCUCCUGCUGCUGCCCAUCUACCCCUCCAAGGAGAUGCUGCUGGCCAGGCUCAAAGAGGCGGUGGCCCACAACAGAGGCUUCUGGAAGGAGUAACGGACAGUAUAUAUAGGCUACUGCUGUGUUCAUCAUUUCAUUCAAUGUGUUUCUUACAUGUUCAGUUUAGCAUAGGAUUUUGAUUGUGUUGAUAUAGCCUUCAUCUAGGUUCAGAUUUUACACUUUCUUUUAAAAACUUGUAAAUCUUGGCUUUUUCUUGACUUUUUCAAGUGAAAAUGUGAAAAUUGCAAAUGUAGGAUAUGUAGGCCUACCCUAUUACAGAAAAUAACAUUCCUUGACUUAAUGUUCAUUCAUUCUGAUUGUGAUAUAUACAAAUUAUUAUUAUUCAGUAAUACACAUUCAAUAAAAGACAUUCAGUAAUAGACAUUCAGUAAUAUAUACAUUCAGUAAUAGACAUUCAAGAGCCUACUUAUGCAUGUUUUCUUUAUUGAUAUGGUGUGGCAUUUUCUGUCAUUCUAUUUGGGAACAUCCUUUUUUUCUGAACACGUCUGCAUCAUCUUUUGACAUUUAUGUCUGUAUCUUGUGUUUUAUUGA